AUGACCCAGGUCAUUCAACUUGGCCUUCUCGUCGAAGCCGUCCUCAACGUGAUCGGUGCUGCGGUGUUCAUCAGAUAUCCAGCCUGGUGUCUAUCAUACGUCGUCUCUUCUGAUACAGUACCACCCAGUGCCGCUGUGCUAUGGCAAAUUUACGGCGGCCUUGUCCUUGCUCUUACUAUACCCAUACUCCUUGUCAUCCCCAAUUCGCCGACUGUCUUUGAACAGCGGAGCCUCAUUUUCAAGACUCUCACAGCGGGCGAGUUGGUCCUAAUUGGUGUAUUGAGCUGGCACGCCAGCAAGCCUAUUGAAAGCGGAUUUACUUGGUCCGGACUGGCCCUGAGCGCCAUGUUCCUGCUGCCCGCACUCACUUGGCACUCUUGCGCUGCUUUUGUUCUGCCUGAUCUUAUGCGUCCAAGUACACGAAUUAGGGAUAACGGGGAAGCUAGGAAGGGUUUGUAG